AUGCCAGAACCGAAAUAUAUUGAUCAGCAUGUAAACUUUGUUCAACCAGAAUGGUACGUCGUGUUUCAUGCUCGGAAAGAGAACAGAGUCAAUCCACAACUGCUAAUGGAAGUCGUAAGGUCACGGUUGCGGACUAUUGGUAAGGACGGAAGUGAUUAUGCCGUGGAAGUCGAAGCAGACCAGCAUAACAUUAAUCUAAACAGCAACCUGGAUGCCAAGAUUCAGAAUCCAUUAUCCGGCAUCCCAGCGACUUUGUUGUACCAUCAGGUUGAGGACUUUGCGACUAAGCAUCAGUUACUCGAGAUUAUUCCCCUAUUAAUCAAAGGGGCACUAGUAGCACAAGACCCGACAAAUUACGAGGAUAUAAAAGGUGAAAAUGCCUUGAAUGAUGAAGAGAUUGAAUGCUUGAGGGAUGAAGUCCUUCAUAAAUGGAAACAGCCAUGGGCAUUGUAUGCUACUAUCAUCGCAUGCUCCAUCGGAGCUGCUGUUCAAGGUUGGGAUCAAACAGGCUCAAAUGGUGCUAAUUUAUCGUUUCCGAACCUGUUUGGAAUUGGAGGAAAAUCUACUCGUGAUACGAUGCUAGUUGGACUCUGUAAUGCCGCCCCUUACAUCAGCAGCGCAUUUAUAGGCUGCUGGAUUUCCGAUCCCCUCAACAACUAUUUCGGUCGCCGUGGAACCAUAUUUAUUUCUGGGAACUUUUGCCUUUGGAGUGUGAUUGGUAGUGCUUUUACAACAACCUGGGAAGAGCUUUUCAUCUGCCGCCUUAUACUGGGGCUUGGAAUGGGUGCGAAGGCUUCUACUGUUCCUGUGUAUGCAGCGGAAAAUUCUCCUGCGGCCAUUAGAGGCGCAUUGGUAAUGUCCUGGCAAGUGUGGAACGCCUUCGGGAUCUUCUUGGGUUUUUGCGCAAAUUUGAUAGUAGCCAAUGUCCCAAAAAUCGCCUGGCGUCUCCAACUCGGCUCUGCAUUCAUACCCGCUGUACCUCUUUGCAUUCUUAUCUUCUAUUGCCCAGAAAGUCCCCGCUGGUACAUGAAGAAAAGUCGAUAUCCAGAAGCCUACCAGUCUCUAUUGAAACUUCGGAACAACCCCAUACAAGCAGCGCGUGAUCUUUAUUAUAUCCACUCUCAGCUUGAGCUUGAGGCAGAAAUUGUGGGGAAUCAUACUUACUUGACACGCUUUACACACCCUGGCGCAGGGCCAGUUCCAUUCACAUAUUCCGCUGAGGUAUUUCCACUGUCACAUCGUGAAGUUGGGAUGGGCUGGGCGGUUGCUACGAACCUUUUUUGGGCUGCUGUCUUAGGCAUCACUUUGCCCAGAAUGCUUGACGUUUUUACUGUUGCCGGAACUUUUGGUUUUUAUGCCGGACUUAAUGUCAUCUCUCUAUGUAUGAUAUUCCUUUGGGUGCCUGAAACCAAGCAACGUACACUCGAAGAACUAAAUUUUGUAUUCGCUGUCCCUACACGCACACAUAUGCAUUACCAGCUUACUAAAGCAUUACCGUGCGUUAUUCCCCUUUUUUUCGUUCCCCAAUAA